AUGGCCAAGUUUUACAGCACGCGCCUCCUGAGCCUGUCGUCGACCAACACGAUGAACAACAACGGAACACUGCUUGAGCGCGGGUCCAAGCCCGCAGUCGUCAACGUCCCGUUCCAUGUCUUUGACGAAGAAGACGAAGCGAUUGCGACCAUGCGGCGGCCCAACGACACCUUCAACAGCAACGGGACGUUCAACAGCAACCAUGAUUCCGUCGAAGACGGCGUCUGCUUUGAGAGCAUGCGCACGCGCAUCUCCAACAUGACGAUGAUUGACGCCAAGCACAUCAUCUAG